CAUUAAGGUAUCGUUUCAAAAUGGCAGACGGUUAUUUUUUUAAAAGGAGCUGUAAUACAAACGAGUGUAGUAUUUUCUGUAAAAAUAUUUAGAACGUAUUUUCAUUAACUGUGUUAUAGUUUUAGCGGUUUAAAAAGUGCUUCAUAGUGUGUACACGGCGGACAGUGCAAAAAUGAAGGGCAAAGAAAGAUCGCCGAUGAAAAAGCGCUCACGGGUUCUGGAUGAUAUACGCGAUAAAGGAGGAAGCCACCCUGCGAGCAAGAAAAUAGCGACUAUUUCUGUUUCUGGGUGCAGUAAUAACGGUAACAGUUCGUCAAAAAGCGAGGGCAGCUCGACGCGACGGAGUUUACUGGGCGAAAAGAGGGAUUUCGACGGACACGCUUCUGGCCGAACCGGGAGUAACCACAGCUACACCAGCCCCGUUGCGAGCUCUAGCAGUAAGAAUCACAAUCCGAGCCUUUCCCUCGAUCCCCUCACAACGAGGAGCACUUCCCGUGUGGAGCAACGGCCUCCGCUCGCUGCUGCGGAGAGUGAGUACAAAACGCUAAAAAUCAGUGAGCUGGGUUCCCAGUUGCACGACGAGGAGGUCGAAGACGGGCUAUUUCACGAAUUUAAGAAAUUCGGCGAUGUGAGUGUGAAAAUAAGCCGGAUUAACGAUGAGAGGGUGGCUUUUGUGAACUUUCGGAGGCCUGAAGAUGCCAAGGCUGCGAAGCAUGCCCGCGGGAGGCUAGUUCUUUAUGACCGCCCAUUAAAAAUUGAAGCUGUGUACGUUAAUAGGAGGAGAAGUCGUUCUCCUGUAGAGAAGGACCCUUAUGUUGUUGUGCCAGGGCAUAGACAUUUGCACACACAGAGACCAUUGUCACCCACUACUCUUGGGUACAGAGACUACAGGCUACAACAGUUAGCACUGGGCCGUCUUCCACCUCCACCUCCUCCACCUUUGCCCAGAGAUUUAGAGAGGGAACGGGAAUACGCCUUCUAUGAAGCUAGGGCACGUCCAGCUUAUAUUGCUGAAAGGGCUGCUUUCCGUGAAGAGGAGUUUAUUUCCCCUGAGGAUGACCAAAGAGCUAACAGAACUCUCUUUCUGGGUAACCUUGACAUCAGUGUCACUGAGAAUGACCUUAGGAGAGCCUUUGACCGUUUCGGUGUUAUAACUGAGGUGGACAUCAAAAGGCCCAGCCGUGGACAAAGUAGUACUUAUGGUUUUCUAAAAUUUGAGAACUUGGAUAUGGCACAUCGUGCUAAGAUAAACAUGUCUGGCAAAGUGGUAGGCCGCAACCCUAUUAAGAUUGGUUAUGGCAAAGCCACACCCACCACUCGCCUUUGGGUUGGAGGCCUUGGGCCUUGGGUUCCCCUGGCAGCCCUGGCUAGAGAAUUUGACCGUUUUGGCACCAUUAGGACGAUUGAUUACAGAAAAGGGGACACAUGGGCCUACAUUCAGUAUGAGAGUUUGGAUGCUGCACAGGCAGCCUGCACCCAUAUGCGGGGCUUUCCCCUUGGAGGCCCAGAAAGACGACUCCGAGUGGACUUCGCUGACACAGAGCAUCGUUACCAACAACAGUUUCUGCAGCCCCUGCCCCUCCCACACUAUGACCUUGUGGCAGAGUCUUUUGUCCACAGGGGUGCACCCGAGGCCUUACGAGUCAGGGAGCGAACUCCACCACCUUUGCACUUCAGAGAGAGGGAACUCUAUCCAGGUGUUGAUUGGACUUCACCCCCAGUACGUGAGCGAGUUCGAGCAGCAGCAUUUGAGCCUCUCGAUCACCUAGAGCGGGAGCGGCGGCCACGGGAGUCUUGGUCACUGGAGCGGGAGCUGCAAGGCCGAGAUGCAUCUCGCAAGCGACGUCUCUUGGAAGAUAAUCGACACCUGGAGCCAUCUCCAGACAGUAGCGAAAGGAUGGGUCGCCGGCGUCACUGUCUCUCAUUGGAGCGUAGUCCUGGUGGCAGCAGCAGGGAUGAGGGUCAUCUCAGUGACUCAGACCAACCCUUACGCUCUGACAGAACUACUCCAGCUCGGGAGCGCCAUGAUAGUCUGGACCAUGUCCCUGGUGAGAAAAGACAAAAGAAUCAUACACUGCCAGAGGUGGCGAGUUCUAGUGGUUGCUCUACCGCCUUUGCUGAGCGGAAGAGGAAAGUUGGUGAGACUAGCAAAAAUAUGACUAAGAAGGAACGCCUCGACCUCCUGGGAGUUUCCUCCAAGAGUAACCAGGCAGCUAAGCAAGAUGGUAGUGGACAAAAGUUGACUUUGGCCUGGCAGGGCAUGCUCCUGCUGAAGAACAGUAACUUUCCCUCCAGCAUGCAUCUUCUGGAGGGGGACCUCAGUGUAGCUACCAGUCUCCUCCUUGACAGCACUAUUGGGGAGCAGGUAGCCCAGCUGAAAAUUACCCAACGCCUUCGUUUAGAUCAGCCCAAGCUGGAUGAGGUGACACGACGAAUCAAGAUGGCUGGUCCUGGCGGUUACUCUAUACUUUUGGCCAUUCCAGGAAACACAGAUGACAGUUCAUCACAGGACCAGGCAGCCUCCACCCAGAGGCCUCUGCGUAACCUGGUCUCGUACCUCAAGCAGAAACAGGCAGCUGGAGUCAUCAGCCUGCCAGUGGGUGGCAGUCGUGACAAGGACAACAUGGGAGUACUUCAUGCUUUUCCUCCUUGUGAUUUCUCACAGCAGUUCUUGGAUUCCUCAGCUAAAGCUCUUACUAAAACGGAAGAGGACUACCUGGUGAUGAUCAUUGUCCGAGGGGCAUCAUGAUACCUCAAAAAAUGCACCAAAAAUAUAUCGUAUGGAAAAAUGUCCUGUACCAGUAACACUUGCAUGUAUUCUUCUGUAUUAUUGGAUAUCUUUACAGGUGGGGUUAGGUUUUUUUUUUUUUUUUUUUUUUUUUAUUGUUUUGGCUAAAUCUUUCUGAGAACAUAGGUGACACACAUACAAGAAUCUGAAUAGGAUGAGGUUGUUUAGAGUACAGUUGUAAGUUAGUCAUCAGUUGUAAUUGAUUUUUAUCGGAUAUGUAUGAACUAAAAUCUGGUGUCUUUCACAAAAGUUCCAAAAGCCUGAAUAUUUGCAAGUGUAUAUUAAUCCAUUUAAUAGAAUAUAUUUUAGUUUUAAUUUUUUAUGAUGAGGUGAGGUUCCCUGUCGCCACCAAAAUGAUCCCUGUUGCAUGUGUAUUCCAGUUGUCUACAAUGGUUUCAGAUCUUUUUAGCCAACAGUAGCUAUUAAGGAAAUUGCAUCUAAGGAUUUCUUUUGAUAGCUACAGUGCAUUGACCCCAUUGUAUGAACGGUUUCAUCCAUGGAGUUUGGUUCUUAUUUGUCAGUCAGUUUAAGUUCAGUGUUAAAAAAAGGUUUUAAUGUUUCAAUCUUAAAUUGUCGAAUGGUGUGAUAAAAGCUAUGAAGCUUUGGUGCCUCCCUUGAGAGUGCAUGUUGCUUUUAAAAAAAAAUAAAAAAUCAGUGUUUUUAGUCUAAUUAGCAGUCUGUUUCCCUUAUGCCUAAGGACCAGAUUGCUGUAGUCAGUCAAGUGAUUGCCUUCAUGAUAACAUCAGCUGUAUAAAAUAGCACUAGAAUGAUAUCAAGAUCAAUAUGAAAAAACCAGCGACUAGCUUAUGGUUAUGUGGAUAGAUGAAUAUGACGGAUUAUAUCUUAAUCCUAGUUAUUCAUGUGGAUUUCAAGGAAACUGAUGAGCUUCACUUCUUUUCUUCCUUGUCCUGUCAUUGGUUUUGGGCUUGGCACCAGUAACAUAGAAGUAAAAGGUUUUGAGUGUUGAGAUGAGCACUGGAAUUUUUAAGACCAUGUUCACAUGUUUCAAGCCUAUUUUAUUUUUCCCAAAACAGUGUUUUUAAAUGUUGUGUAUAAUUUUUCUUCUGAUGUUUGUAUGUAUGUAUAUUUUUCCAUUUACAACAAAGAUAAAAAUGUUAGACUCAGACAGAAAUAGUUAUAUUUAUUUUCUGUGUAAAGAUGGCAAAAUAGUAUCUGCCAUAGAUUAUGUGCCCUUUAACUAUAAAUUGACUACAGUAGCUUUUUUAAUCCAGGUUUCGUUUGGAUAGUAAUAUAACUGUGUUUAAGAUUUUAUGAGAUCAGAGUAUAAAAAAAUUAUUUGGACUUUUCAUAAUUGUCAUGAUAAUCACAGGAAAACUCGGGGGUCUUUUUGAUAUCUGCAUAACUAGAUAUUUACCAAAUGUUGAUGAUAUUUGUAUUAACAGUAUGUUUACCUUAAAUGAGAAAAAAUGGUAUAAUUAGGGCUUUUACAAUGAAUACGGGAAAGUAGUUUUUGAAAAAAAUAAUAAUUUUAGUUUUGUAGACCAGUUGAAAUGGAUGAAAUUGGCAUUUAUUUUUCUGAAAGUGUCAGUGUGAAAAGUGAAAGUGUUCCAUUUUAUUCUUAUGUUUUGACCCUUUUUGACCGCUAUUUAUGGUAUCCUUAAUAUCACUUUACAGAUUUACAGCAUUUGAGUUUUAGAUGUUGGCAGGUAAUUGGUCCAUAAAACUGGCUACUUAGUGACGAUUAUUCUAAUCUAAUUCUAAUAAUCUGCUUCAGUUUAAAUUUGAAAUGCUGGUAUUUGGCUGUGCUGUAUGAUAGUUGACCAUUUUAAAUACACCAAACACCACAGACCUAGGGGUUUAAAUGAAUAGAUGUAAUAAGAAAUCUAACAUUUGUUUUGAAGUUGAAAUGUUCUUUUCUUCAAAUCUGUUAUAGUUUGAGAUGUUUUAUUUUCAGAAGCAAAACAUGCAGCACAGUGCAUUUUCUACAUUUGUCAUUGUGAUGUGCCCAUAUGCAAAUUCUUUGAAAACCAAGGAUUAUCAUUCUGUUUCUCUUAGGGCGCCGAUUAUUUUUAUUCGUAAUAGUUAAUUUCUAAAAUAGAAAUUAAUAGGAUAUUUUAUAUUGAGGACACAAUUGAAGUUAUUGCAGCUGUUGCCCAGAAUGACUACUAGUUCUGGAUUUAGUUUUAAAAAUUUAAAUCUAAACGAUGUCCUUCAUGAUUUCCUGAUGUUCCUGUUUUUUUUUUAUUUUGUUUUUUUUCCCUGAACUGCUGUAAACGUAGACCUCUAAGUGGUUGUGUGAUAAGUUUCAGGAUGUCCUAAUGCUUGCAUGCUCAUUUAAUGUAAUUUUGUUGUUGGUGCCAUUGCCCACACUUACUUCUGAACAUGAUAAUCUUUGUCGGUUUCUAUCAAACAGAAAUUGUUCUAUGUUUGUUUAAAAGGGGAAUCAUUUACUUAUUUUGUUUUUGCAAAAAGGAAACGCUAGACUGGAUGCAGUGUCACCUCGCACAUGGACCUUCAUGUGUCCGGAGACACAAACGCUCUUGUAAAAAUGCAGGAGCUAUUCAUAUGUGGAGGGGCCAUCAGCUUUCCAUGUCAUGUUGUGCAUUUUACACAGAGGGCAGCUUAUAAGUUCUGUAACUGAUUUUGUGAUGCCAGUUCUCAUGUUAAGUGGACACUUAAAUUUUUUUUGCUUUGUGCUGUGUACACCUGAUGUCUGGGGAGAAUGGAAACCAUCUGCACUCACAGCUGAGAAGUAACAUACACGCAGAAAAAAGUGCAUUGGCACUCAUUUUGUCUCAGUAUAAAUAAAUUUUCUUUAAGGGAAAAAUGUUUCUGCCUUGGAAAUGAGUUGAAGACAACUUAUGACCCUUUUUGUUAUGUUUGGAAGGAGUUGUUUCCCCACCUUAAAUGGCACGUUUCAUUCAAGAGAAAAAAAAUACUUCUGCAGUUCAACAUGCAGAGGAGAGUGAAAAGGAAAGUCAGUGAAAAGGGAAAAGUCAUCAUUUAUCUCUGUGUUGCUCAUCCAUGUCUGCCCCUUUCCUUUUUUUUUCCAAAGGAGUUCCUGAUUGGCUCACUGUAAAUUGAUCUCAGCUUUUCUCACCGCCAUACCUCUCCAUGGAAAGGGAGGGGCUGGUUAACUGGUGCUUGCACUGCAUGCCUUUUGGCAGGAAACAUCCUGUUUUGCUAUGAGUGGCUGCAGGAAGCUUGUUCAUGCAAAUCAGGAGCAUGGGGUGGAGACAGCCCUCAGUGUUUCUGCUGGUGCCUCUGCCUGGGCAGUUCACCUAUAUGAUUUGCCUCAGGUUUGUCAACCACGUUCAAGGUUUGGGCCUAAUGUGUCCUUGCGUUCCUUACACAAGCAAGUGAGGGAUUUGUCAUCUGUACAUGCAAAGGUCUUGUGGGGAACUGUCCUGGCACCGGUCAGUUUUAAUGGAGAGUUUCUCUCCCACAAACGACAAAGUGAUGCGGAUUUGAACACCUAAGUCUGAUUCAGAGGAACAGUUAUUUCUUUUCAAGUUUGUUUGUUUUCUCGUUAUUAUUUGAUUCAAUUUUCCCCAAGCUAUUGGAAGGAAGAGGAUUUUCCCCAGUAUCAGGGCUAGGAAUUUGUUUACCCUUUCCUGUUUCCAUUGUUUGAUUACAAGGGACGGAAGGAAGGAAGAGCUCCAAGUGGAGUUUUGGGAGUCCAUGUAUUCAACCUCUGCUGUUUCUAUAGCAGCUCCAACAUGUGGGGCUUCCAUCAUUCCAUCAUCCUGUUCACAAAUGUUUGUCUCUUGAAAAGAGGAAAUCGACCACUGCGAAAAACUUAAAAGGAUUAUUUUUUAUUCCAUAGUUGCACUGCUGUACUAAACAGGGAUACAUGUUCUUAUUUUGCACAAAUUGUGAUUCAACCAGGAAGUUUUUAUCACCCGUCCUUGAGGAUACCCUUGCCACACCUUCCAGGUUAGGUAGUGUUCUGCUCUGAGCCCUCUGGAGCUGCUGGUCCUUUAGGAACCUGCUCACUGCUAUUUUCUCUGCAUGCCUGUAGCUGGAAUUCCAUCCUCUCUACUGUGGAUAGAAUCCGGUAAGUUGUGUGCUUUUGUUGGUGCAAUGAAAAGAAUGGGUAAGUAUUGAUGACCAUUGUCUGUUACUUUGGAAGGAGCACACAUUUUGUUAUUGGUAAACUGUGUACACUAAUUUGCUUAUCAUUUUGAAAAUAGCUUUAUUGUAAUCUGGUAGGUUUAAUCUUUCAUUUUUGUAUUGGCUUCUUGAAUAGUUGUGACAGUUUUUAUUUGUUCAUACCAGAAACAGAAAGUUAACUACCCUGGGAACCGAUGAUAUGGGGAUCCUUUAGAAUUAGACCCUACCAAAAAUGCAGUUUCUAGGAAUCAUUGUAGAAUUGCAUGGAGUGAUUUAUUUUACAAAUUGAAUUGCUUUUAAUUUGUUGUAAUACAGGAAAGCAUUUGUUGCACAGCAUAAAAUACCUAUAUUUUGUUGGUGAUUUAAGGUACCAUCACCCAAAAGAACUCCCAACUUUGGUCAUGCUAUGGUUUUAGUCUGACCUGUGUGUUGCAUUGGAUUGACAGUAGUGAUAGAUACAUUACUUCGUUGCUACACUAAAUUUUUUUGCACAGUAUAUUGGUGCAGCACUUUCCAUCCUGUAAAACAGAUAGACUCAUGGUGGUAGGUAGCGAAGUCUGCUAGAGAAUUGGACACAGGAAUGUAUAAGUCAAAGAACUAAGCAAUUUUUUUUUCUCAAAUGUAAUUAAAAAAAAAAUCUGUAGUUUUUUUAUAUUCUUGCUUUAACUUCUAGAGGAAAAAGAAUGAAAAUGGAUUUGAAAGUACCCUGUACUUUAGGUACUCUUAGGAGUACUCCUAAUGUAUAAGAGAACAAGUCUGGGCCCAAACCAUUUACAGCUGAGCUCCAGUGUAUGACUCCCAUCCUGUCUCUGUCUACCACACUAGCUGGUAACAGUAUUGUCAAUCCUGUGGCCAUUUGAGUCACCAAGAUGAUGUGGCCAAAAUGUGCUCAAAGUAAUAGGUUUGGAGGGAUGUCCCCAUUACACACAGACAAUACUACAUCAGUCCAUACCUCUCCACUUUCACCUUGGUUUUGUUGUAAGAACAGCUGUCAGGUCAGGGAUAGAAAUUAAACCUUAAAAAGGUGGCCUGAAGCAUGUACAUUUGUUUACACUUUACAGAAUCUUGAUAAUCUCUUUAUAACGAGUGAAGGAAUGCUUUAUUUUGAUAUAAAAUGCAGUGCUUUGUGAUAAUGCUUGGAAUAAUAGGUAUACCAAUUGAAAUCAAAUUAAUUGAAUGAUUCACGAUUUUACUCAGUGGCCCGUAUUGCACGAUAGGCUGUCAGAACUGUAAUUAGUCAUUCCAUUGACCCAGGCUGUUCCGACCAUGUUUGUUGAGAAAAUGUUUCCAUUCUCCCAACUAGAAAGGUAAGAAAAUACUUUCAUUGUGUCUUUAUUAACCAUAAUGGUAUAAGUACUGGGGGCAUGGUGGUGCAGUGGUUAGCACUGUUGCCUCAUACCUCUGGGACCCAGGUUUGAGUCUCCACCUGGGUAACAUGUGUGUGGAGUUUUCAUGUUCUCCCUAUGUCAUGGGGUUUCCUCCAGGUACUUCCCCCCACAGUCCAAAGACAAGCUGAGGCUAAUUGGAGUUACCAAAUUGCCCAUAGGAAUGCAUGUCUGAGUGUAUGGUGUGUGAGUGUGCCCUGUGAUGGGCUGGUCCCCCGUCCUGGGUUGUUCCCUGCCUCAUGCCUUUAGCGGGAGAACAUUUCAAGCUGGAUUUAAGGAAGCACUUCUUUACGCAGCGUGUAGUCAGAGUAUGGAAUAGCCUUCCUGAUAAUGUAGUGCAAGCUGAAUCCUUGGGUUCCUUUAAAUCAGAGCUAGAUAAGAUUUUAACGACUCUGAGCUAUUAGUUUAGUUCUCCCCAAGCGAGCUUGAUGGGCCGAAUGGCCUCCUCUCGUUUAUAUAGUUCUUAUGUUCUUAUGUUCUUAUGCCCAUAGCUUCCGGGAUAGGCUCCGGACCCCCCGCGACCCAGAAGGAUAAGCGGUUUGGAAAAUGAAUAGAUGGGUAUUAGGGGGUUGCUCUUGUUUCAGUCCAUAGAGGAUAGCAAGAUUUUCAGAACCGUACUUACAUACUUAUUUUUUCUACAAACAGUAAAAUAGUAAAACUUUGUGACCACUACGAAAGAGAAAAUGAAACUGCGCAUAAAUUUUCGCAGAUGUGCAUUUAUUUUAAGAAAGAUACACAUUGCCAAGUGCAUGCACAGGGCAGUAAUGGUGUAAAAUAUUUAUUCAAAACCAUAUACUUGAACCACAACCAAAAUAGAAAAAUGACAUAUUGUUUUGGCAGUAAAGCAGCCUUUCAUUGGGUCAUGAUCAUGUUCUCAGGUGUCUGACAUUCUCCCCCCUUGUGUUCUAGGUCAUGCGUUUCCCAGUACUGGAAUAUCAUGGGCUCACCUACAAUUCUGGGUAUUGAUUUUAAUUUGCUGGGGUAAGGCAUAGUAUCUAUCAUCAAAACUGAAACUGCAUUUUGGUGAGUACAAGCCCAUUCUUUUUUUCAUGCAUAUAUCUUUGUAGUUUGGUAUUUUCAAAGUUUGAUGUUGAAGUGUGUGCAUUUAUCUUUGUAAAUAAAAGUAUUCUUCUGGAA